AUAUAUCUAAAGUAAAAGCCUUUGAAUUCAUCACUUCAAUCAUAGACUCACAUUCAAAAAAUUAACUUCAUUUCAAUGGCACCAUCUUCAAAUUUUGUUCAUAUAAUGGUAGUUCUUAGUUUAGUUUUGAUAUUAGGUGUUAUUGUUCCUAAAGGUGAAGCUAGGAGAAGAGCUUUUUUUGUAUUUGGAGAUUCACUUGUUGAUAAUGGAAAUAACAAUUAUUUGCUUACAACUGCUCGUGCUGAUUCUCCUCCUUAUGGAAUUGAUUAUCCAACUCGUAAACCAACUGGUCGUUUUUCAAAUGGCUUCAAUAUUCCUGAUCUUAUCAGUCAGCAACUUGGUACUGUGUCUACUUUACCAUAUUUGAGCCCAGAAUUAAAAGGACGUAAACUUCUAAUUGGUGCCAAUUUUGGUUCAGCUGGAAUUGGAAUCCUUAAUGAUACCGGAGUUCAAUUUAUAAAUGUGGUAAAAAUGCAUACACAACUAGAUUACUUUGAAGAGUAUCAACAACGAUUAACGACUUUAAUCGGCGGUUCGCGGACUAGAAGACUUGUUAAUAAAGCAUUGUUUCUUAUGACAGUUGGAGGCAAUGAUUUUGUAAACAACUAUUACCUUGUACCUUCUUCUUCAAGGUCUCGCCAAUAUCCAUUACCACACUAUGUCAAGUUUCUCAUUUGUGAGUACAGAAAGCACUUGCAGAGGCUAUAUGAUUUGGGCGCUCGGCGAGUUCUAGUCACUGGAACAGGACCAUUGGGUUGUGCUCCUGCAGAACUCGCUACACGUAGCACAAAUGGCGAAUGUUCUAUGGAACUACAACGUGGUGCAGCAUUGUACAACCCUCAACUUGAACAAAUGUUACAACGACUCAAUAGGAAACUUGGCAGUGACAUUUUCAUUGCUGCAAAUACAGCACAAAUGCACAAAGACUUUGUUACUAAUCCAACAGCUUAUGGAUUUGUUACAUCAAAAGUAGCUUGUUGUGGGCAAGGACCCUAUAAUGGCAUUGGAGUGUGCACAACAUUGUCCAACUUGUGCCCUAACAGAGACUUGUAUGUAUUUUGGGAUCCAUUCCAUCCAUCUGAAAAGGCAAAUAGACUUAUUGUGGAGCAAAUAAUGUCAGGUUCAACAAGAUACAUGAAGCCAAUGAACCUUAGCACCAUUCUUUUAUUGGAUGCUAGCACAUGAAUUAGAUUAAUGGCCUUAUCAAUCAUGAUCUUGGUCACAGCACUGCUUAUUGUAAUCAAGUUUAUUCUUAAUUUGUAAGAAGCUGUUAAGUGUGUUAUUUCCAUAGUCUAAUCAAGGUGUUACUUUGCUUUCUUCCACAUACCUUGUAGGUUUGACCACUUUAAUCUCACAUCAAAAGAUUCUCAUUUGUAGGGACGGAUAUAAUAUGGGGCAAUGGGGUCAUUCGAUCUCAUUUGGCUAGUUUAUUUUUAACCAAUAUAUUAUUAUUGUCUU